AUUUUUAUCUUGUAAUGGCAACGCUUCCUUUAGUACUUGCGAUACAUGGUGGUAAUUCAGCUGGAGGAUUUAUACAUACGUGGUUUUCAAUAGCUUUAUGUUCUUUCUCAGCAGCAAUAAUUUGGAUUACACCGAUAAGCUGUUGUAUUGAAGGUGGAUGCGAUCCAGAGGAUUAUUCUCCAGAUCGUUCGAGCUUAGUAACUGCUAUGGGAGGUUGGUGGUUCAUUAUUUCAAGUGCUGUAGCUAUUGGAAAUACGUUUAUGUAUGUUCAAUGUGAAAAUGAUACAUUGGGGCAAGCACCAACUAUUAGAAAACGGGAUCCGUUGGGUUCCGGAGGCCGCUUUGUAUUUGCAAACAAAUCUAAUUAUUUGCAAGAUA